UGGUGGGACAAAACACAGUAAGCGGAAGGUAUUGUGAAUCUGAAUUCACGUCCGGAUUUCACGAAGUCGGCGGUGACAUCGCUGGAUUUUGACCAAGGCUAGAACUGUCACUUUCACUAGAGCAUACGUUUGGCUUCUUGAUCUGUCAUAGGCCGGUAUUGCUGUUGGGAAGAUCCGCUGGUAUGAGCUAACAUGGAAACCAAACCAUUCCUUUCUUUUGGCUUCCUCAAGAGCCAGUGCUCGGUAGCCCCACCUCCUCAGCGAUGGUGCCCGGGGGAGACGGGCGGCUCGCCCACAGCAUGCUUGUGCUUCACAGGCAUUUGCCCACUUCACCAGCCCAGGAGACCCACAGACCCCUCCGGUCAGCUGUCCUCACCAUCGCUCCGCUCACACCACGCCCAUAGGAGAAUGGGUGCUCACCGAUUGCACCCAUCUCUGCUCAUCCCAUCGUCUGUGAGCUCCUCAGGACCUCCACACUCACCCAUCUGCACCCGGAGCUCGCCCAUCACCAGCCUGGCUUUGCCCUUUUCUGUCAGCAGCCGUCCAGCGGGACACCACUCUACCUCCUCCAGCAUGGGCUUCAGCCCGCAGCUCAGCUUCCCAGUGAUCCCCAGUAGCAGCAUCAUUAUCAGCACAGAGGACAUCAAACCCCCACUGGGCCAAAACAGAUGGCUAAAGGUUCCUUCUCAGCCCACAUGCACCUGUCUCUCCUUUAACAAACACAUCUGUGCCAUCUGUGGAGACCGCGCCUCAGGUAAACACUAUGGAGUAUAUAGCUGUGAAGGUUGCAAGGGCUUCUUCAAGAGAACAGUGAGGAAAGAGCUGACGUAUACCUGUCGAGACAACAAGGACUGUCUGAUUGACAAGCGCCAACGCAACCGAUGUCAGUACUGCCGCUACCAGAAGUGUCUGGCCAUGGGCAUGAAGAGAGAAGCUGUGCAGGACGAGCGCCAGAGAGCCAAGGAGAGGCGCGAGAGUGAGGCGGACUCGUUAGGUUGUGCUAACGAAGACAUGCCUGUGGAGAGGAUAGAGGAGGCGGAGCUCGCUGUGGAGCUAAAGACCAAGACAUGCAUCAAGGGGAGCCUGGGCGUGCCCACCAACUCACCCAACGACCCUGUGACCAAUAUAUGCCAGGCAACAGACAAGCAGCUCUUUAACUUGGUGGAGUGGGCCAAGAUGAUCCCCCACUUCUCAGAGCUGGCCCUGGACGACCAGGUCAUCCUCCUAAGAGCAGGGUGGAAUGAGCUCCUCAUAGCUUCUUUCUCCCAUCGCUCCAUCACUGUGAACGACAGCAUUCUGCUAGCAAACGGACUCCAACUGCAUCGCAACAGCGCCCACAGUGCAGGGGUGGGGUCCAUCUUUGACAGAGUGCUGACUGAGCUUGUGUCGAAAAUGCGAGACAUGCUGAUGGACAAGUCUGAGUUAGGGUGCCUUCGAGCCAUCGUUCUCUUCAACCCAGACUCAAAAGGCUUGUCAAACCCAGGGGAGGUUGAGGCUCUCAGAGAAGGGGUAUAUGCUUCACUGGAGGCAUACUGUAAACACAAAUACCCCGGCCAACCAGGAAGAUUUGCCAAACUGUUACUUCGAUUGCCAGCCCUACGUUCCAUUGGCCUCAGGUUUCUAGAGCACCGGUUCUUCUUCAAACUGAUAGGGGAUACACCCGUUGACACAUUCCUCACGGAAAUGUUGGAAGCUCCACGCCAAAUGACGAAACAGCACUGCAGUUGAAGACUGUCUGUCCAAUACUUGCAUCAAAACGGAGAGAACUGGUAAUUUGCCUGAUUGACAGACUGUAAGUUUGAACACAAGAACUCGUGGACAGCAAACCUAUGGCUUUGUUUAAUGUACAGUAGAUGUAUUUAUCAUAGUGAAAUGUCUUGAAGGGCCAGAGUCUGCAACAACCCAAAGCAUGAGACCUUUUUCACAAUGAAUGAUAAUGUCUUCUCGCUUCAGAUUCAACACUGAACAUUGUCAUAACUGAUGAAGACUCCGUGCCACAAACCAGCGACCUCAUCAUCCUCCUGCCUUAGACAAGUCUACCUCUUGUAGUCAUUCUCAUAUUCUGUGAUAAUAACAACAUGGUCCGGUCAAACUCGUUGUCUAGGAUGAUCUCCUGUUAUACCUGUAACCCCCACCUCAGGCUCUCGUUGUUGGGCUUCUCCUCCUCAAUGAACAUGUUCUCAUGUGACUACAUAUUUUUUUUUUACCUUUAUUUAACCAGGCAAGUCAGUUAAGAACAAAUUCUUAUUUUCAAUGACGGCCUAGGAACAGUGGGUUAACUGCCUGUUCAGGGGCAGAACGACAGAUUUGUACCUUGUCAGCUCGGGGGUUUGAACUCGCAACCUUCCGGUUACUAGUCCAACGCUCUAACCACUAGGCUACCCUGCCGCCCCAGGACAGGGAUAAUGGUUCAGGUAACUUCAGCUCAAGACCAAGGGUAUUUUUUCUACUCCCAGCACUUAACUUUGUCAAGCAGAGAAUGGCUCCAGUCAGUAGCUCACUGUGAGGACAGAGGAGGCUGAUAGGAGGAGCUAUAGGAGGUACGGGCUCAUUGUAAUGGCUGGAAUGGAAUAAAUGGAACGGUAUCAAACACAUCAACCAUAUGGAAACCUCAUGUUUGACUCCGUUCCAUUUAUUUAAUUCUAUUACAAUGAGCCCAUUUUCCUAUAUCUCAUCUCACCAGCCUCCACUGUAUGACUAGCGUGCAACUGUAGUGGGGAGGAUCAAUAAGGUCUUCACUAAUGAUAAUUCACAUAUCAACAUGUAGUGCUCAUUUCUGUAUUGCUAUGGGGUUUUUAUGUUGCUGCUGUUUGCUUUGUGUUGGUAUUUCCAAAGAGUAGCAGUGGUAAACAUCUUCCAAUGUAUAGAAUGAUGUGUCGGUGUGUAGGUCAGUGUUUCCCAACCCCAGUCCACGAGUAUCCCCAACAGCAAACAUUUUUGUUGUAGGCCCAGACAAACUCACCUGAUUCAACUCAUUGAUGGCCUGAUGAUUAGUUGACAAGUAGAAUCAGGUGUGCUUGUUUGGGGCAACAACAGGGUUUACUGGUGGGGGUACUGGAGGAAUGGAGUUGGGAACCCCUGGUGUAGGGGACUGUCUAUAAGUGACUCUGUAGUAUCUGAUAGAUAUAAUGCACACACAAGGUCUCUGACACCAACUGGUGCAUCACACAAAAGUAAUGCAACUGUCCAAGUACAUUAGGACAUGAGAAGAGAGCAGUGUGGUAAUUACUCAUUGCUACAAUGUGUUACAAUGUUACUUACAGCAGUAACCCUAUCCAUAACUCUGAAACCUAACCAAUCCUAUCGUAUGUUAUUCAAGUGUGAUACUGGGUAAGUGCAAUACAUGUUACACUGUAAUACCAGGAAUAAUUAGACUGUGAUAAGGGCACUGCAAUUUAAAUUCUAACCCACAUUUCCCAGCCCAUGCAUAACAGAAGACAGACAAGAGAAUAAUGAUUGAGGAGAUCAAAAGACAGCAGAGAAUUUUAAAGAAUUGUUUCAGUCAGAAGUACAAUAUUCAGGUUGAGCAGCCAGGAAUAAUUUUGGAACCUCAUAUGUAUUUUAAUUGUAUUUAUUUGAACCUUUAUUUGAUCAGGGAGUCACGCUGAGACCAAGAGCCCUGAAUAACAGAAAUGACAGAAAUUCAAGCAGAAAGAAAAUACAGUUAUAACAAACAGUUCAUUUAAAAAUGAAAUAACCACCAAUCAAUGAACAAUAGCAGCAAACAUAGCCUGCAUCUCGUUCAACCACCUUUUUUAAGCAGAUCUAUUAGUUCGUAUUUUAGCGUCAUCAUUGCUUACUGAGCCACUCAGGACUAGUGUAUUUUAGGAUGAACAAUAAUCUUGCUUUUUGUUUUUCCUAAUUUAAAACAUGGCAACAUGUCGUUUAAAGGGGCAAUCUACAUUCAUUUUUGGUAUUUAAAAAUAAUUAUAUGUAGACAUUGAAUAUUGAAGAAUAUGGGUUAUAAAUGUCUCAUGAGCUACGUUCAACUGUCUUACUCCACCAAACUGUUGUUUACUGGGAAGUAACCAAGAACAAAUGUAGUACACUGUCUUUAUUUGACGUGUUCUGUUUAGAGAGCAUGUUGUCUUACCCGAGCAGAAAACUCUGCAGCCCUGGCUCCAUUUACACAUGCUGCUCCAGGCCAGACCAUGCUCCAGGCCAGACCAUGCUCUAGGCCAGUUAUAGCUGAUGUCACAUUUUGCAAUGCACCCAUGCACCAAUUUAACCCAAUGAACCCAUGAUGUCGAUUCCCCAAUGAUGUAUAGUUUUAAAUCAUGUGUUUGCCAUGUUUUGUACAACUUGUUCAUUUUUAUAUA